AUGCCGUCACUACUGCGGUCUCCCUCCCUCCUUGCAUACGCAGUCGUGGCCCUCGCGCUGCUCAGCAACAUCGCUUCGGCGAGCCCUCUGCCGACUCAAGUUGAACGACGUCAAGUCGCUGCGAAUGAUCCUUCCCUAGCCUCGUCCGCCAUCUCCGUCUACGAAAACCAAGGCACAACCCCCUUCACGCAGCCCACGGGCGGUGCCUGCCCCGUGGGCUUCCAGUCCUACAUCGACGCUACCUCGGGCCUCCAGCAAUGCUGCGCAGGCUCCAUUGUGAACCAACGCUGUUUCGCAGACGGCGGUACGCUCAUCUAUACCGCCGACCCUUACUCGGCAGUCCAGGCGGGAGGAGUGGCAACGACGACGGAUCCAGCUCUCCUACCGACGUCAACUACUGCGCUCGUACCCACCACGAGCAGCGUCACCGCCGGCGGGCCAGUCGCGACGGGUUCAGUCCGACCGACGACGGGAACGUACACCAUCACUAGUUACACGCCUAUUGCCACGGGAGGCACCAGGAAUGGCGUCCAGCCGAGCAGCUCCAUCUCAAGACUGAGCCAGACGCUCACGCCCACGGGCGGUGGGUCAGCGAGAGUGGGCAAUGCGAAUGCCGCGCAAAGAGGUGGGGCGGCAGGAGCCGUAAUGGCCGUCGCCGUCGCCAUGCUCGUAGGGGGAGGUGUCGCCCUCUGGUAG